UCUGAUACUGUUUGUCGUGCGUGACCUACUGACAAAGCGAGCAUCCACACUACAUGGCAGCGUUGUGAAAAGGAACCCUUAAAACCUCCUAGUGUUUGUAAUAGCCUCGUUAACUUACCGCGAGAUGGUUCGAAGACUUUGUUACAUGUGUGCCUUGGCUGUUGUUAUAUUGACUGGUCUCAUGUUAUGGCACGAAACAGGGACUGUGCGAAAAAUCAACUACACACAAAAAUCGAAAUCCCCCAAAUCCAAAGCGUUGAUCCAGGCUAGAAAGUCCAUAUUUGGCAGUUCGAUCGCUAAGGUGUAUGAUCACGUGAAUACGUUCGUGGUUUUCAUUGGCUAUCCCCGUAGUGGCCACACCCUUGUCAGCUCUUUGAUUGACGCGCAUCCUCAUGCUAUCAUCGCUAACGAGUUCGACAUUAUCGGGAACUGGCUCGCCUGGAACGAUGAACAGAGAAACAAGUAUUUCCUGUUUGACCAGUUGUACAAGAAUUCCCGAACGGAAGCUAAGACAGGGCUGCGUUCCUCCGUGAAACACAUGUUUAAUUAUUCCGUGAAAGGGCAGUUUCAAGGAAAGUUUAAAGGGAGUCUGAAGGUGAUUGGCGCCAAGAAGGGCGGGAAAUUGACGAAACAGCUGACAAAACAAAAGCAGGCUGACGUCAUGGACCAGAUCAUGAAGACGGUAGGAGUCGAAUUCAAGUUUCUCCACGUGGUCAGAAAUCCGUUCGAUAACAUCGCCACCAUGCUACUGAGGUCCAAGAAACUGCGUUACGCCGUCAAAAAGAAUCAGUCCAAAAAGUUAAAUGACACAUCCGCCUUGGAGCGCGAGAUUGUGCGCUAUUUCGACCUGGUGGCGCGGAACCAAAUCCUCAUCCGCAAGUACAAACACAACCUCCAUGAGAUCCAAAGCACAGACCUUAUCAGCAAACCACGGGAAACACUACGUCGCGUCUGCAGCUUUCUAAACCUGACCUGCAGUAAGAAAUACUUGGAUGACUGUGCAAAGAUUGUCUACAAAAGGCCUUCCAGGACGAGGUAUAGUGUAGUGUGGACGGACACUCAGAUACGACGGACUCUUUCGACUUUGAAGAGAUUUGCCUUCCUGAAAAAUUUCACCUUUACGUCUUAGAGAAUGUGUUGAUGGUAGAACAAAGAAUCUUAUAAAAGGAUGUGAUUGUGGGGGUUGGGGUGGUGGGGGGAGAAUCUUAGAGAAUGAAGUGAUGGGAGGCUCAGUUUAAACGUCGUAUUAUCCAUCAGCCGUAUUAAAUGCAAAUGCAUACAAAUGAAGAUAAAACAAUCGACUCGAUUCAUUUGCAUUGAAUACGGCUCAUGGAUAAUACAAAUUGGAACUUAGCCUUAGAGAAUAAACUGAUGGUGAAAGAUUGUGAUCUCGUCGCCUGGAGAGAGACUUAGCUUAUGCUUCGUUGACACUCAACAAUAUAUGUUUUCUCCCUAAAUUAAUCCUUUAGGCGAGCCUCCUUUCUGAGAACAGUGAUCUUGGUCGCGGUCUCUCUACAAAUAAAUGUAUGACAGAAGGAAAAAAAAACUUAAAAACAAUAUUGAAAGUGGCUGAAAAGUAUCGAUUAAUGCAGCAGCAGCAUCUUCAAUGGCAUAAGCAAACAAUGAAAACCGACGACAAUAGUAAUAUAAACAGCAACAACAACAACAAAAAGUCAAAAUUUACAACAGCACAAAGACAAUCAAGCCUAAUACUACUACAAUAGUAUUUACAGCAUCGACAAAAACAAGCACAAAGUUCGUUUAUUAUUUUUUCUUAUUUAAAAUAAAUUAUAAUAAUUGUU